CAGAAAUCUGGAUUUCAGCAUACCGAUUAUUUGUCAAUUAUGAUUAAUUUAUGUCGCGUUGAAAUAGCCGUAUCAUUGGGAUUUUUGAUCCAUGGUUUUACGUGCCCGGGUUUUGCUCAAGAAUCAGCUUAUCAAGGAACAUGCCAUAUGAAUGUUGUGGCUGCAGUUGUUGGUGCCACCACCGGUUGCAUAGGACUUGGAGUUGUACAUAGGUACCGGUGGAAAAUGAUGCUCAUCAUGUGGCUUGUAUUAUGCAUUAUAUCAGCUGUGGGAAAUUUAUUAUCAGUGAUAACAACGGGAAUUUGGCUUGAUCACCUUAGCAAAAUGAAAAGCCGUACCGGUCUUGUUAAUGGAUUAAGUGGAAUGAUGCUUUUAUGUUCUGUUGCCAUUGGUGUUUGUUUUAUUCUCAAUGCAGUAAUGAUAUGUCACUUUUGGAAUUUUAAUUCGCAAAAGUACCAAGCUGUGGGAAAAGUCUCGAAGCGUCCACGUUCACUUAUACGUCGUACUUCACGUACAGGCAGUGGUACAGAAAGAAAAGCACGUUCUGAAAAAUUUGCAAAAGGAUAUCACAUUGUUUGAUCUCAACUGUAUGGGCUCAUUUCUUUAAGUUCAUGUUUCACUGAUUGAUUGUUGCUGAUUCGAGAUGUUGAACAGUAUGUUCAAUAAUGCGCGUAAAGCAAAUUUGUAUGCACUAUUCAACG